AUGCGCAUUAUACCAAUUUUAACGUUUGAACACCAUUAUUCAUAUCUUAUCGUAGACGAUAAAGCAAAUGAAGCUGCUGCCGUAGACCCAGCAGAACCGAGUAAAGUAAUGCAAAUCCUCGCUCAAACCGGAGCAAAACUUACUUCAAUCUUAACCACACAUCACCAUCAUAAACAUGCUUAUGGUAAUAUUGAAUUAGUACGCAAGAAACCAAAUCUUGCUGUUUACGGAGCCGACGCUCGAAUACCAGAAUUGAAUUAUGUAUGUAAACACAAUGAGGAGUUCACGGUUGGCACCCUAAAAGUUCGAUCUUUUCACACACCUUGUCACACUAAAGGCCAUGUGUGUUAUUACGUUCGAGAUGGCAAUGAAAUGAACGAGGAAUUAGAAAAAGCGGUGUUUACCGGAGACACCUUACUGAUUGGUGGAUGCGGAAGGUUUAUCGAAGGGGAAGCAAAAGAUAUGUACAAUGCACUUUAUAAUGUAUUAGGACGAUUACCAAAGGACACCAAGGUUUACUGUGGUCACGAAAGCACAUUAACAAAUUUACAGUUUGCGAGUACAGUAGAUCAAAAUAAUCAGAAUUUACUUAAAAAAUUGGCAUGGAGUCAAAUGAAUCGUUGCACUGUUCCGAGUACAAUCGGUGAAGAGUUGGAAUAUAAUCCAUUCUUACGGCUCACGGAACCAGCGAUACAAAGUGCCACUAAUGCAUCAGAUCCAUAUGAAGUAAUGGAUGUAUUGCGGGCAUGGGCAGAUAAUGGAUCUUUGAACAGUGUAAUUAAUAGCCCAUUAAAUGGUACUCUGAACGGUAAUCUAAAUGGUACAUUGAAUGGAACUAUAAAUGGCGUGUUAAACGGUUCAUUGAAUGGUUCAUUGAAUGGUUCAUUAAAUGGAUCACUGAAUGGCGGUACUGUGAAUGGACAUUUGGUUUAA